AUCAUGAAGUAUGUAAGAAAGAAACACCAAUCUGUUAAUAAAAAGAAAUGGAAGAAAUAAAACGAUUUCUUACAUUAAAAGGUGACCAGGGAAGAAAAUCUAAGCAGGCAUAUAAGUUCUGUUUCUGUUUCCGGCGUAUUUUCAAGCUGAAAAUGGCAGAGCCUCCGCAAGAUAUAGUGGAUUUGUUCAAUGAUUACUCUGACAAUGGUGUGAUGACAGUUGAAAAUCUGCACAAGUUUUUGACAGAAUUUCAAGGUGAAAAUCAUACCAUUGAGAGUGCUCAAGAUUUAUUCAAUCGUAUUAAGCAUCUUCCCGUCUUCCUCAGGAGAGGUCUAAACCUUGACGCCUUUUUCCUAUAUCUUCUCGGGGAACAGAAUCCUCCUCUUGAUCCUCCUAUGGUGCACCAUAACAUGAAUAAACCUCUGGCUCAUUACUUCAUGUACACUGGCCAUAAUUCCUACUUGACCGGUAAUCAACUCAGCAGCGCAAGCAGCAUUGAGCCGAUCAUUAAGGCCUUAAAAAGCGGUGUCAAGGUCAUCGAGCUAGAUUUGUGGCCUAGCAAGAGAAACAAAAAUGAUAUUGUAGUUUGUCAUGGAGGGACUAUGACUUCUCCAGUGGAACUCAACAAAUGUUUGGAAGCAAUCAAGGAAAAUGCUUUCGAUGUAUCGGAGUACCCUGUCAUCAUUACUUUUGAAGAUCACUUGGAUCAUUUGCUUCAAGCUAAAGUUGCCCAGAUGGUCAGUGAUAUAUUUGGAGAAAUGUUGUAUCCUGGAGUGGAAUUUGUUGAAUUCCCUUCACCUGAAGAGUUGAAAAGAAGGAUUCUGAUAUCAACUAAGCCACCAAAAGAAUCACUUGAUAGUUUCAACGAACAAGAAAACCAGGAACAGAAGAUUAAGAAUUCAACUGAUAGAUCAGGAGCAGUAUUGGGAAAUGUCAGUGGAUACAGGAAUUAUGAUGAAGUUGAUAUACCUAUUAAGGACAAUGAGGAAGCCGAGGAGGAGGCUGCGGCUCCUGAGUAUAAGCACUUGAUUGCAAUUCAUGCUCACAAAUUGGAACAUGGUCUGGAUAACUUGCUGAAUGACAACAAUUCUAGGAGAGUUGCUCGGUUGAGUAUGAGCGAGGAGAAGCUGAAAAACUCUGUAAAAACUCAUGCAACUGAUAUUGUCAGGUUUACUCAGAAGAACCUACUGAGGGUAUAUCCGAAGGGAACACGCAUUUUGUCUUCAAAUUACAAUCCUCUAAUUGGUUGGACACACGGGGCUCAAAUGGUAGCAUUCAACAUGCAGGGUUACGAGAAAAACACUUGGAUCAUGCAAGGGAUGUUUAGAGCCAAUGGUGGUUGUGGUUAUGUUAAAAAGCCAGAUUUCUUGUUAAGUAAUAAGGCCUUUGAUCCCAGUAUAAAAAGACCAGUCAAGAAAACUUUGAAGGUAACACUUUAUAUGGGGGAUGGAUGGCAUUUGGAAUUUCGCCGAACACAUUUUGAUCCAUUUUCUCCACCAGAUUUCUUUACCAAGGUUGAAAUCUGCGGAGUUCCAGCAGACAUAAAGAAGGAGCAAACAGUGCCUAUUGAGGAUCAGUGGGUGCCAAUGUGGAACAAGAAGUUUGAGUUCCCCUUGACAGCACCUGAUAUUGCUCUCCUAAGAAUUGAAGUUUGUGAAUUUGAUUUAGACAGAAGGCAUGGCUUUGGAGGCCAGACUUGCUUGCCAGUCUCCGAGCUAAAGAGUGGCAUCCGAGCUGUUCCAUUGUUUGGUAAAAAAGGAGAGAAAUUUGAGCAUGUCAAACUUCUGAUGCGAUUUCAGUUGUUACCAGGAGUUUACUGAUUGUAACCUUUUCAUCAUUACUACAACUUCCUGCUAUAUGUAUGCUGUCUGAAGUCUGAACUGCAUCUGAUGUGAAUUUGUAAUACUCAAAUAACUCAGUAAAAGAUUCUCUUUCCACUUAUUAGCACAUGCAGAUUCUAAGUAUUUAACUUGAA